GUGAUCAGCGCGCUGUGUGCCUCAUUACUGCCGCUGCAGCUCCACGUUCGAGCCUGCAACUCGGACCAAAUUAAAACCUCCCUCAGAAAAAGCCGCAUGUGGUUUCCUCCUCCUGCCUCUCAGCACUGCAAUGAAGGAAUUUCCUCGUUUGUUCUGAAGUCUCUGCGCUCACAGAAAUGAGGUCUCGGCCCGAGUUUUCCCCGCGCUAACUGCACAACAGGAAGACCGGACCGGUCGAUUCUCACCUGCAUCAUCUUCACCUUAGAAAAAAAGUCGUACUCUUUUGCCUCUCGGACAGGAGACUGACUGCUGGCUGCAAAAUGGAUAAUAAUGCUGGAAAUUCGGAAAAAUCUCACCUCAUAGACGAGAAGAAUGCCAAGACAUAUUCACUAAAACUGCAAAGCUCCUUUCCAGACUCCAAAGAACAUUAUCCAGACUUCCCUUUAAAGAAUGGAGGCAUGUCGGGCGCCAUCGAGCUGAAACGACCUGUCAGCACUCACUGCCACGGCCCCAAAGCGUCGGCAUGCGAGGAGAGCGUGGACAAGCUCCUGGCCAAGAAGAAACUCUACAUCGCUUCAGCAGUCUGCCUCGUCUUCAUGAUUGGCGAGGUCAUAGGAGGCUACCUGGCCCACAGCCUGGCCAUCAUGACUGAUGCGGCCCACCUUCUGACAGACUUUGGCAGCAUGAUGGUGAGCCUGUUCUCCUUGUGGAUCUCCUCCAGACCGCCCACCAAAACCAUGAACUUUGGUUGGCACAGAUCAGAGAUCCUCGGGGCAUUCAUCUCAGUCAUGUCCAUCUGGAUCGUUACUGGAGCUCUGGUCUAUUUGGCCAUUGAGAGGAUCGUACGUAACGACUAUGAGAUUGAUGGACACGUCAUGCUGGUCACCUCUGGCUGUGCUGUCAUCGUCAAUAUUGUCAUGGCGUACAUCCUCCACCAUUCGACCACCUUCCACGCUCACGGCAGCGGUUACCACCAGAUCGACGAGGAUGGUCAGAGCCCCGUGGUUCAUGGCCACUCGCACACCCUCCUCGGCAGUCAUGGUAACACAAGCGUCCGUGCUGCCUUCAUCCACGUGGUGGGAGACCUGCUGCAGAGCGUCGGCGUCAUGGUGGCGGCGACCAUCAUCUACUUUCGGCCCGAGUAUAAAGUAGCAGACCCCAUCUGCACGUUCCUCUUUUCUGUCUUUGUUCUCUGCACCACUGUCACCAUCCUCAGAGACGUCUUUAGGAUACUCAUGGAAGGGUCACCUAAAGGAAUCGAGUUUAACUCGGUGAAGGAGGUGCUGCUGUCGGUCAAAGCUGUGAAGUCCAUGCAUUGCCUGCACCUCUGGGCUCUGACUCUGGGUCAGGCGCUGGUUUCUGUUCACCUGGCCGUAGAGGAGGGCACUGACCAGCAGUCUGUGCUGCAGGAGGCCACUGACCUACUCCACACCAAGUUUGGUUUCUACAGCAUCACCAUCCAGGUAGAGCUCUACUCUGAAGACAUGAGCUACUGCUCCCACUGCCAGGACCCCAGUGACUGAUAAACAACCAGAGUGGACUGGACCCAGCAGGACAUGGACGACUAAGACACAUUGUCAUUCUCUCCUGGUGGUCUGGAGUCGUGAGGGAUGUAUUCACAGAGCAGCUUCCCUUCAAGGAAAGAAUUUUUUGGUUGUUUUUGCCAUUAAGUUUUAAAAGAUUUGACAGUGAAAUCAUCCUUGUGCUGAUAGUAGAGUCCUGAUACCAAAGCUCCAUGCUAACAUGGAAUAUGCCAGUUAAUUCAAAGUCCUUCAAAAAGGGGUGGCAUGCUUUUUUUCCAUCAAAAACUGAGACAAUUUCACAAGAACCAUCAGGGUGAAGCUGUCCUUGGGGUUGCUGGUGCUAGCUUGUAAGGAAAUUUUCAAGAAUAAAGGAAAGUAGGGCCCUGAAAAAAACAUAUUUUACCAAAAAUCUGACCUAUUCUAAUUAAUUUCCUCAACAAAACAAAGAUCACAUCACAAUACUAUUUAUAUAAGGACCACUAAUAUCUUAUUUCCACUAAUAUGGUGCCAGUUCUGCUCUGUUCUACCUUGGUGCCUUUUAAGAAUCAGCCCACCGGUUAACUGUAAAGUUACUGUCAGAAACUUGAGUACUUAUCAUGGAAAUAACUUUAUGUCCAUCUUUGGGGUGAGAAAUUUCGUGGUGUAGAGAUGGUGCCCACUUUUGGGCACACGUACGACUUUUUUGGUGGAAAUGCCUGUGCACAAGCUCACUGGGUUGAAAAUAGAUAUAAGUGAUCCAUAUAAAUGAUCAAUAAUAGUAAUUGUUCUUCAUCAGACACCCUAUUUUAAAUUAAGAACAGUCAUACCAGCUAAAAUUCAGAAGUUAUGAGUUAUACUUUACCGUAAAUUCUGCAUUAAAACACCUUAAAGACACAGUGACAUUAUUUAUUGAUGUCACUGUGUAUUAAGUUUUUCUUGUUUCUUUAAAAUUAAAAAAACAAUUCUGUUUUACUUGCGCCUCAGCAGUGUUUCAUUUCAGGCUUAAUGGAAGUAAACAGAAAACACUGCCAAAUAAAUGAGCACACACAGUGAUUAGGCUUAUAGCUAUUCCUACAGUAAGGUAAAUCCUUCCUUUGUGAACCUUAUAAUUAGCACAGUUUACAAAGUUAAUAUUAUGUUGCAUUACAUAAGAAGUGUUACUCGAUAAUGAGACAAUAGACAUUCAAAGAAAGUGUUUAUCGAGGUCCUGAAUUAAGAGAGGUGAAGCUUCUUUGUUCCACUGAGUUCUGUACAACCAGAAGCCUCAUUGAAACUCAAGGAGUCGCCCUCUGCUGGUCAGAAGGAAGGAUGCCCAUUUCAGACAUUUGAACAACAAAGAAAUAAAUAAAUCUGAGGAAUUAAAUAUUUUUUUCCAGCCACUUCUUGAUUAAUACAACUUUCUUGCUCAUUUUAAAUGAUAAAAUGAUUAAAAAAAAAAGCCAUUGUGAAGGGUGAUGAAUUGCAUGUUUUUAAUUUUGCAAGUAUUUUAUUUGUAGUUGUCUUAUACAAUUGAAAGGUAGUAAUUGUAGCAAAAUCCCUUCUUCUUUCAAAAAGAUGCUGAAUCACUCAAACACUUUAAUUCAAUCAACUGUGAAAUUAGUGUAAGUUAAGUUCCACGAAACAGGAACAGUCUACUCAAAGUCUUCUUCAAAUUGCUAAGAAAUAAUUAAAAACACUUUUAAAGCACCACAGGAGAUUGAUUUUGCUGACGUGAUUAAUCUGUGUAGAUGUUUGCUCAAAGUAAUUUUCAGAUUAUCUUCUGGGCUAUUAAUUAAAGGUUUCCCAUUAAUUUAUGAACAUCAGCUUUACUCUGUAACAAGAACAUAAGAUAAUACAUAAGAGGCAUAAGCUAGAUCAUCUGCUGCAGAUGUUAAUAUGGAGCACCUGAUGAAACUCUACUACAGACACAUGGAUGUCUGUUGUAUCAGCUCUACCAGACCCACUACAGUGUAGUCAUCUCUAUGCAAGGCUUGCAAGCAUAACAUAUUUUUAGUCCUAAAGUGUUAAAAAGCUCACUGAUGAUUGAUUUCUGACAUUUCUUUGUGCACAUGUUUCAAAUACCUGUAACAUGCUAUCUUAUGAGUAAGAAUAACAAUAACUCUUUAAAAAUCUUUUAAUUUUGUCUGUACUCUUGGUCACCAAAGACCACAUUGUGCUGUUACUAAAGACCACAGGGACAUCAUGAGACACAAACAGGAAAGGACAUGACAAUUAAAUUGUUAAAGAACAAUGUUCAUCCUUAAAAGGAAAUGUUGGAGGCAUGUGGCACUAAAUGUGUCACAUGCAAAAUGUGUGCAGCUCUUCAGUAAUAAACUCACAUAUAAGUUCACACUUUUGUUUUCACUUUAGAAAAUAUAUAAAGACGUAUUCAUGUUUCCACCAAACAAAGGGAAACAUGUUCCCUCUCAUGAUUGAUAGGCACUUUGACAACAAAGAGUUUCAGAAUCACGAUUAGCUUUCCAAAAUGACCUUUAAAAACAGACACGAUCAAAUCUGUGUUGCAUGUGUAGCUCAGAGCUGUUUAUAUAAUGGUGGGCAGAGUAUCGAUAUGGAUUGAGCAGAAGGAAAAUGAAUGGAAAGUGUCAGACUGAAAAAGCAUUCACCUACCUCCACUGUCAGAUCUGAGUGGACAUUUGGGUCUGAGGGCAAAAAUGAUUUAGUUCUGGAGCCGGACGAUUAGUUUCAGCUGCUGUCAUCUAUCUCAUCUCUCUCUCAUUCUUCCUGCAGACAUCCAUCUACUGUAUGUUUCUCCAUUUCCUGGGCUUUCAUCAAUCCAUCUGCUCUCCAUCCAUUCAUGUUUUGCAAGUCAUGAAGCAUCAGCUUCCUCUUACCUUUUUAUAGACUGGGCUAUGACUUUAUGCAUAUCUGACACAAAUCUGUUAUAUUUUAGUUUUGCUUUGUUUUUGACCACAGAAUAAGGCAAUGCUUAUUUUUUGUACUGGGAUCCAACCAAUCCUAAAGAACUAGGAGAAAUUCAAAAGGCAUUCCAAAUAAGAGAUUGGGCCUAGAGACCUAAACAUUUUGUUAACUUUCACCAGAAUUGUGGACAGAUUACUGAACAUAGACCAAGAAGCCCAAGAGAUUAGUCCAGGGUCCAGUUCGUUUAAAGUGACUGUCAGUCUACUACAGAGAAACACAGAAAUAUGAAGACAAGAAAAACUAUAUGAACAAAAGUACUGGGACACCUACACACCACACCUACAGGAGCUGCACCACUUGCAGCUGAUCAUAUAAUAUCUAGGAGGGAGAAAUUUUAUGAAAUACCUUGUUGCAACUGUGGAUCCUAUCACUGUACUGUGCUCAAAUUCAUUGGGCUCUCUAAAGUGACCCAUUCUUUCACAAAUGUUCACAAAGGCAGACCGCAUGGCUAGAUGCUUGAUGUGAUAAGCUUGUGGCAAUAGGACUGAAAACACCUCUAUUUAAAGAUUAAGAGGUGUGGUCCAGUACAUUUGUUCAUAUAGCGUAGUGUUCAUAUACUGUACUUUAACUAAAAACAAUCACAGAAUGAAUGCAGAGGACCAGGAUUAUCCACAGCACGCUUCACAGCGAGGUCAUUAGUUACACUGAAGAUGGCACUUAGAACCGAGCACUUAGACUUACAAUUAUAUAUAAUUACAUAAAAAAUACACAGCAUUUUAAUGGAAAAUGUCCACUAUUUUAAUGUAUCCAUUGCUUUUGGUGUCAUUUACGUGUAAAUUCACCAUAAUUUUUCUUUUUUUCUAUUAGAUCUAAUCCUCUGGGGACAAUGAAUAUGUAAAUUAAGUCUUAGAGCAACAUGAUUAUGGUGAUUAUCUAUUAAGUGCCUCCCUCCUUUGGCAUGAGAGGAAAAGCUAUUUUAUGACCAAACUGGAAAUUUUAGAGGGCAUCAUCUUGGGACUUGCUCACUGGUUGUUUCAUUCUAAAACAUUUUGAGGUGAUGGUGGAGCUGGGUAUCUUCAACAUUAUAAGAAUUCACUGUCUUAGAUCCACAAACACCCACAGCAUGUUUUAUGGAGAUUUCAGAUUUAGUUUGUAUUUUCUUUCAGGUUGAGAAAAUAGAAUUUAAAAAAAGCUAUUUUACACCCAUAAAAAAGCCAAUGAGUCCGCCAACAUGCCUGUAAUGCUUCCCAGCUGCUAUCAAGUGUUGAUGUUGACUGUUGCUUUAAAUGAAAGGACAAUUAUGCAUUGAAAUUGCCGAAUUCAUGUCCAUUCUGAUCCAAGAGCUUGCAUGGUUGUUAGCUGUUAUUCAAUAUCAUGUACAGUAAGAAGUUUCUUGUUCAACUGCCAGUCAGAAUAUGUAGACGCACCAUGUGGAGGUUCAAUCAAAGAAUAAAAUCUUCUUUAAAAUUCUAUAUUUUCACCAAUUUUUAGAGAUCCUAUAUAUUUUUUUUUCCUUUUAGAAAUUAUAAAAUGAGAAUAUAUAAAGGACCCAACACCUACAGAUUUUAGGUUAAAACAAAGUAAAUAUAAUAAAGACCAAUGCAUUUUACUGCACUGGUUUUGAUAUACAUGCAGUUCUCCUAUACAGGCUCUACUGUUACAAUCGGAGCUUUAUAAAGUUUAUUUCAUUCCAGGAAAAAAAAAUAAAAGGAAAAACAUUUCCUGUUUGUUCACUCUGAACAUCUAAUGUCUGAGAAUGCUCUGUUAUUGUGCCGUUGCCAUUUGUGACAAUUAAAAUUUGUGUAACUGUUGUAAAUAUGUCAAAUAAUGUGAUUUUGUGUGUACAUGUGUAAAUACAUCUAUCUUCCUUGUACAAAAAGUGGUUCCCAAAAAGUCCUAUAUGUCUGUGUUGUGAUGUCACAUACGAUCCACUUGUCACAUGUGUGAUGUUUGAUAUUUGAUUUUUAUGUGUGGCAACAGUUUUUGUAAAGUGAAAUAAAAGACUGCUGAUGAUGGAAAGAA